UCUAAUAAAGGGAAUGAAGAUGCGGAUGAGAGUAAAUCAGCAUGGGAAGAAAGUAAUCAGCAGGGGAAAAGCGUAAAAGAAUGGACACCAAAAGAUGCAACAGUCAUGCAAGUCACGCAUAAAAGGAGGAAAUCUUCUGACUCUGCAAUUCUUCCAAAUCCUGCUUCAACCAAUAACCCUAUAGAAAUAAUAUCAAAAUUGUGUUUAAUUGAUAGUAAUAAACCAAAGGGAUUCGGCGUCGAAGAACAAUUGGAAUAUAUUACCAAGUACUAUAAGUCAAUUGAGAAGGAAGAUGAAUGUACACUUAUGGAGGAAUUUUAUGUUUUGGUCAAAAAAGAUAAUAAACAAAAUCUCACAAUUUUAAAUGAAAUCUUGUUAUCUGCGGAAAACAGACUUGGAAGGAGAGAUUAG